AACAAAACUAAGAGCAAAACCCAUCUCUUUUCUCACAAACCCAUCUGUUUUUUCAGGUGAGAAAUACGCGUUACUGGAAAUAAAAUCAAUAUAUGCCUUCAGCAACGCUUUCUCAAUCUAAUAACUCCACCUGCUCCACUUGCAAAAAAGAAUUCAAGAACUCAAAGGGUUUAGCACGACACCAACAAAAUGUACGAAAAUAUAAUAAACGUCACCAAGAAAUUGAUGAACUACCAGUUAAUACUGUUGUUGAAUUUAAACAAAUUUUAGUUGCAGAAAUACACAAAAAGCUACCUUUAAACUUUAGGUCUAUGGGGAAGAAAUUAUUUUCUAUACCAUGUCCUGAAAGCAUUUUUUUUUCUAUUUUUGCUGGUAAUAUCCAUUAUUAUUCCAAAGCGAGGGGAAUUUAUAGAUGUAUAUUUCGAGGUCAUGACGCGUAUCAAGUUUUAAGUAAAAUUUUAAAUUCUGACCAGUGGGGGAAAAGAAUUUAUUCACAACGUCAACAAACAUAUGUAGUAUGUUUGGAUCCAAUUCCGUGGAAUGUUCCUAAUAAUUUACAAGAUCAGUCAAAAGAAAUAGAUCCUCUCGAACAGCUAUUACAAUCUACAACUAGAAAACAACAUAAAACAAUUAGAACUAGACGACCACGAUUUUUACGUGGAGAAAUUUUAAUUGAAUGGAAAAAAAAAAUGUCAAAAGUUAAUGGAACUGUAAACAUGGCGGGAUAUAUACAUUUUAAUUUUUACAUUGCGCAAUUACAAAAUGUACAGUAGAAAAGAGUAAAUAUAGAUUUUAUUGUAAAUCAAAUCAUAAAAAUAAUAGUAAAGAAAAAAAUUAAAUUAGCAUAU